AUGGCCCCGACCAAGUACGCCGUCGUAGGCACCGGAGGACGCGCCGCGUUCUUCUACAGCGCCAUCGUUCGGGACUUCAAGGAAAGCGCGUCACUUGUGGCGUUCUGUGACACCAAUCAAACUCGAAUGGAUGUCGCCAACGCACGGGUACAGGAAUUAGGAUUGGCACAACUGCCGACAUACAAAGCAGCGGAUUUUGACCGCAUGAUCGAAGAGACAAAGCCCGAUACGGUGAUAGUGACAACCAUUGAUCGUACUCAUCAUGAAUACAUCAUACGUGCUAUGCAAUUGGGGUGCGAUGUGUUGAGCGAAAAGCCAAUGACGGUGGAUGAGAUAAAGUGUCAGAUGAUUCUUGAUGCUGUCAAGGAGACCAAGCAACAAUUACGCGUUACGUUCAAUUAUCGAUAUGCGCCUCAUAAUACGAAAGUGCGUGAGCUAUUGAUGGAUGGUGCUAUUGGAAAAGUGACCUCCGUGCACUUCGAAUGGCUCCUGAAUACCCGUCACGGUGCGGAUUACUUCCGUCGCUGGCACAGGGAUAAACGCAACAGUGGUGGUCUGCUAGUUCACAAGUCGACUCACCACUUUGACCUGGUGAAUUUUUGGCUGGGCAGUCGUCCAUCAACUGUCUUCGCCCAAGGCGAUUUGAAGUUUUACGGCAAAGAGAAUGCCGAGUCUCGAGGAGAGACCAAGUUCUACUCGCGAGCGCAUGGAAGUGCAGCCGCAGUCGACGACCCUUUCGCUCUUCAUAUGGAAGACCACCCUCAGCUCAAAGCUAUGUAUCUGGACGCUGAGCAUGAAGAUGGCUAUUACCGCGAUCAAAGUGUCUUCGGCGAUGGCAUCAACAUCGAAGACACGAUGGGCGUGCUGGUAAGCUACCAGUCUGGAGCAGUUAUGACAUACAGCCUUAAUGCAUACUGCCCGUGGGAGGGAUUUAGAGUUUGUUUCAAUGGAACUGGAGGUCGCUUGGAGAUGGACGUACUUGAAGAAUCUUAUGUCAACGCAGGAGGUGAUCAGAGCAAGGAGGGUGCUGUGGCACAUACAAAGAUAACAGUGCAUCCUAUGUUUGCACCACCAUAUGAGGCCGAGGUUGUUGAAGGAGAGGGAGGACACGGUGGUGGUGAUCCUGUUUUAUUGAAUGAUCUUUUCGGAACACCCUCCCCUGAUCGCUUGAAUCGUGCUGCGUCCCAUGUGGAUGGGGCUAUGUCUAUUUUGACGGGAAUUGCUGCGAAUAAGGCCAUUCGGACGGGUCAGGUAGUGCAAGUUAAAGACUUGGUUCAAUUUUGA